AUGGGAAGCCCACCGCCAAAUGCCUAUCCUCCUGGAACAGUGUUGACUGUUGGGUCCCACAAGGCGAUGAUCGUCAAGUAUAUAUCUGAAGGGGGUUUUGCCCACGUUUAUAUCGUCAAGAUCUCGCCAUAUGAGAAUGGCCAGGAAAUUGCCUGUUUGAAAAGAGUGCUUGUGCCAAACAAAGCCACAUUGAAUAUAUUGAGGGCCGAGGUCGAUGCGAUGAAACGACUUCAAGGUAAGCCUUGUAUCGUUUCGUAUAUUGACUCACACGCCGCCAGAUCGCCGAGUAAUGAUGGCACUUACGAAGUGUUUCUCUUGAUGGAAUACUGUUCUAAGAAUGGAUUGAUUGAUUUCUUGAACUCCAGGUUACAAAACAGAUUGACGGAGCCCGAAAUCUUGCAAAUCAUGUACGAAGUGACCAUCGGACUUUCUCAGGUCCAUUUCUUAAACCCUCCGUUGAUUCAUAGAGAUAUCAAAAUCGAAAAUAUAUUGAUUAAUGAUAGAAACGAGUAUAGACUUUGUGACUUUGGGUCUUCUUGUCCACCAUUACGUCCUCCUAGAAACCAACAGGAAUUGAAAAUUCUCCAAAAUGAUAUAUUGCGAUACACCACCGCUCAAUAUCGGGCCCCAGAAAUGAUCGAUCUUACUAGAGGGUUGCCCAUCAAUGAAAAAUCUGAUAUUUGGGCUCUCGGGGUGUUUUGUUACAAGAUUUGCUAUUACACCACCCCAUUCGAACAAACUGGGGAAGCUGCAAUCUUGCAAUCAAGUUUCACAUUCCCUUCAUACCCCGUUUAUUCUGGGAGACUUCAAAAUUUGAUCAGAGUUUUACUCACCAAUGAUGCCAGAUUGAGACCAAACGUUUACCAAGUAUUGGAGGAAGUUUGUAAAAUGAAGAGCGUCCCUAUCCCAUUAGAAAUUCAACAGCAAUACCUUACUUUCAAACAACAAAUGGCAGCCCAGCAGAUGUUACAGCAACAAAAGCAACAGGCGGCAGCAAUUGCAGCCUCUAAUGUUGCCCCACAACAACCAUCAACCAUUCCAUCGCAUGUUUCUGGUCAAGUAUCUGCAGCAUCAACCAAUUUGUACAAUGAUAACCUUGCCAAAUCCAAUACUUCGAUCAAAUCUACAAAAUCAGGAAAAUCUCUACAGUCUACACAAUCUGGUAAAUCGCUCCAGUCAGCGGCGUCUUCGAUUUCCGCGAAAUCAAAUAACGUCAUUCCAAGCACUGCGUCUGCCAUUACCCAACUUACUUCGACCUCCACCACCACGUUUAACGAACAUCCUUCUAACCAUAAUGAACAAUUUAAAAACAAAUCAUCUCCAGCGUUGAAUAAGCUUUCUGCAAGCUCAUCACCAGAAGACCCAUUUGCCGAUCUAAUUAAAAAAGGAUCAAUGAGUUCGAUCUCAGCCACCACUACCCAACCCAAGCCAUUGAUAGACAUUGUGAAAGAUAAAGUCGAUUCUGCUAAGCCAAAAGUACGCCGUAAACCUUAUAUUGGAUCACCGCCAGAUCUCUCAUUGAAGGUUAUGGAUAUCGACGGCUUACGGAACAAGUUUGAAGACAAAAGUACCAGCACCGCCAGUGUGGCGAAACCUUCAAAACCAAUAAAUUCUUUUAAAUCAAAAGGAUCAAGUGUUGCCAACGGUAUUGGCUCGACUGAUUCAACCACAAUGAACGAAAAAUCCAGUGGUGAUGCCAUCACCACUACUAUGCCUGAUGGUUUAAGAAAAACAUUACCACCACUGGACGUUGGGAAAUCCGCCAACAAUUCUCAUGAACUCCGAAGAUCUCAUUCAUUCCAUAAGAGAACCAUCAGUGCCGGUAAGACCUCAUUGAACAAAUUGACUAAUUCUUUAACCGGUAAAUUCCGUGCGUCUUCUAACAAUUCCCGCCUUAGCAGAUCAAAUACCGGGAAAUUAUCUGUCAAUAACACCGGAAGACAAUUAUCUCUGGAAUUUAACACAUUAACUUUAUCUUCUACCAGAAAAACCACCAGUACUGGCAGCAGUAGUGAUAGUAGCAAAGAUAUUGACGAAUCCGAAGAUGAAUUGAUUUCCCAGAUCUCAAUGAAGGAAUUUAAAAAUGCCGAUUAUCUCCAAAAGAAACCAUCAACAUCGACUUCUGUUCAAAAGCGUAUGGAGAUGCUCUUGAAUAACAAAGACGAAAUUGUGAAGACCGCCACCGGUUACGGUAAAUAUACCGGAGACGACCAAAACACCAAAGUCGAGAUUUCUCAAAAGGCCGGGAAAUUUCUCAAGCCGAUCACCAACAAGAGAAAAUCUUUGGAUUUGAUAAGACAUAAGACCCCGUCCACGUGGCUGCUGAGCGGCACCAGGACUACCAAGGAAUCAUCUUUGGGGAACUCUAAACUUUUCAAGCACAAACUGGCCGAUAAGACACCAACGGGCAUGAUUCCCCCAACGACCCCAUCGUCUGCUGCUUCAUCGAAGCCUGCCCCGGUUACAAAAGAAAAAAAGAAGAUUCCACCUCCUAGACCAAAGAAACCAAGUCAUUUGGUGUCACCGAAAGUGAAAUCUAAAGAAUGGUCUGAUCAAACUUCCCCUAUUGCCCCAAAGAGUAAACCCAAUACCAUCAGCAGACUUAGGAAAGAUGAUGAUGAUGACGAUUUGACUAGUGAAGUGGUGAAGGAGAAUGCAUUCUUUGAAGAUGAUGGGAUCAUUGAUGGAGAUUUCGAUGAGAACGAUUUUGAAAAAAGCUUCAAUGAGAAGUAUCCGAAGCUAAUGUGA